CCUUCCCCUCCCGGUCCCUCCUCCCCGCCGGCGCCGGCCGUGCCCGCCUCGAUUGAGGGGCGGCUGCCGCUGCUGCUGCCGCUGCCGGCGGCGGCUCCGGGAAAAUGUCCGAGCGCGGCGGCUUCUACCGGCAGGAGCUGAACAAGACGGUGUGGGAGGUGCCCCAGCGCUACCAGAACCUCACCCCCGUCGGCUCCGGUGCCUACGGUUCCGUCUGCUCAGCUUAUGAUACCAAAACAAGACAGAAGGUGGCAGUGAAAAAGCUUUCAAGACCUUUUCAAUCACUUAUCCAUGCCCGGAGGACCUACCGAGAGCUUCGGUUGCUUAAGCACAUGAAGCAUGAGAAUGUUAUAGGACUGCUAGAUGUUUUUACACCUGCAACAUCAAUAGAAAACUUUAACGAAGUAUAUCUUGUGACAAAUUUAAUGGGUGCUGACCUGAAUAACAUAGUGAAGUGCCAGAAGUUAACGGAUGAUCAUAUACAGUUUCUCAUCUAUCAGUUACUUCGAGGUCUUAAGUAUAUUCACUCAGCUGGAAUCAUCCAUCGGGACCUGAAGCCCAGUAACCUAGCUGUAAAUGAAGACUGUGAAUUGAGGAUUUUAGACUUCGGUUUAGCUCGUCAAACUGAUGAUGAAAUGACUGGAUAUGUUGCAACAAGAUGGUACAGAGCUCCAGAAAUUAUGUUAAACUGGAUGCACUAUAAUCAAACAGUUGACAUAUGGUCGGUUGGAUGUAUCAUGGCAGAGCUAUUGAAGGGAAAGGCUCUAUUUCCAGGAAAUGAUUAUAUUGAUCAACUAAAGAGAAUAAUGGAGGUUGUGGGUACGCCCAGUUCAGAACUUCUGAAGAAGAUAUCAUCAGAACACGCAAGAAAAUACAUCGAAUCUCUUCCACAUAUGCCUCAACAGGAUUUGAAAGCAGUGUUUCGAGGUGCCAAUCCAUUAGCUGUAGAUCUUCUUGAGAAGAUGCUUAUUUUAGACAGUGAUAAAAGGAUCACAGCCUCGGAAGCGCUUGCACAUCCCUACUUUGUACAGUAUCACGAUCCAGACGAUGAACCCGAGGCUGAGCUGUAUGACGAGUCCAUAGAGAACAAGGAGCGAACCAUAGAUGAAUGGAAAGAACUUACCUAUGAAGAAGUGAAUAGCUUUAAACCACCUGACUUAAAAAUGGACAGCCUGGAGAUAGAACAGUGAAUACAGGCAGCUCUGUCUUGCCUUGCUGCACUAUGAAGACUGUUAAAAUAUAACCAUACAAUUUAACCUGUGGUCAGACAUAGAUUUUACUAUCCAAAGAUGUUGGAGGAGAUGUGGAAACACAGAUGCAUUAAACAGAAGCCAGAUGUCUGUUUUGGGUGGGGGGGUUUUUUGCCUUGUAAUAUGAAUGUAUUCCCAACUCAAUAAGGGUGGUAAAGAACUGCUUCAUUCUGACAAAAUUAUGCACUGAGUUCUGUCAAGCUGUGUGUUCUGCAUGUUUCAUUUUAUCAGUUGUAUUGCCAAAAUAAAGGUGACCUUUUAAAUUAAUUUUAAAAUUGUACAUUUAAAGCAUGAAUGUAUACAAACAUAAACAAGAAGUCCAUACAAACAAUCUUUUUUUUUUUGUGGCAUUUUAUCUGUCUGUUUUUGUACUAUUUAUAGUUAGUGCCUUUAUGAAGAGAGGGCGUGGUAGUGAGAUAGACAGAAUAUGCAUAUGUAGUCAUAUCUGUGGUGGUCCUACACAUGUACUGGAUGUCUCUCAAGCAAUCUUAACACCAGUUGAAAGUCAGUAAAAAAAUAAAUCUCUUCUCUUGCCAUUCA